UUUUGUUUUGUCUUUUCUGUUAAUUUGGUUAUUUUAAGUCUUUCCAUUUUUUGCUGUGCGACAGUUUAUCAAGUGUAAGAAACCUUUAUUCCCUGUAACACACUGAAGAUACCUUCUUCUUUACUCAACAAACUACUCGUAUCGAUACCUUUCUUACAAAUUCUCUCCUAAUCAUUAGAGAUGAUAAAACGCGGGAUCUUUUUCAAAGAAUUUCCAUAUUAACUCUGGGCUACUAGUUCUGAUAUGAUUACUUAUAUUUUCAUUUUCUUUCAGACAUUCGAUCUUCUUUAGACUUAUCGACUUGGUAAACAAUCAUUAUCUUGGCUUAAACACAUGUCAGAUGUAUUUGAAAGUUUCUUUCCAGUUAAGCUUGUAUAAUGUCAAAAAAAUCCACCGGCAUAUUGCAAAUUACUUUUCGGAAUAAGACAUUUCUUUGUUAUUGUCGUGGAUUAUUUCCCGUGAGUACAUUGUACCGACCAGAAAUAUGAAAAUGGUAUGUCUUGUCCAGUUUGGAAAAGUGAUAAUUUUGUUUAAAAAUAAGUUAAGACGGCCUGAAAAAAUUAGACAAAAAGUUCGAGAAUCAAGUGAAACCUUAUUUUUGGUAGGUUUUUUUUUGUUAGAAAUCAAAAGGAAAGAGUUCAAUAGGAAAACUGCUUGAAUUUACUGAUCCCUUUUUAAUUUUCAUUUUGCUAAGACAUGUUUUAAUGCUGCCUAAUAUUGUAGGCUUGAAUUCUUGUUUCACACGAUUUUAGUAUUGGGCAUAUUUCCAGAUUUUUUUUUUUUUUUUUUAAGAAAAAAGGAGAUGGGUUAAGAAAACGUUUGGCAAGAAAUCAUUUUGUAAAAAAAGUAGUAACUCCGAACAUUUGUGGUUCAAUGUCGUGAUCGAUUAAAUCAAUUAUGGAGAACGGAAAAAGGCAAUUUGUAAACUAUAAAUACGAUAUUGGCAAUGUGCCCUUGCUGUUAAAUAUAUUUUUUUGUAAGUCAAAUUCCGACUGGCAGCUGUUUUCAAAUGAAUGAAUAGCCGUGCUGAUAAAAGUAUUUGCUAUAUGGGACGAGUUUAGUAGGAAAAGACAAGUGAGAAUUUUGUCGGGCCGUGUAGACUUGAGUUGGGUAUCAAUCGCUGGAUUGGAGAGCCUAGUUCCUAGCGAGUUUUCAACAGUGCUCUUGGUAUAAGAAGGUGAAUUUUCAAAUCUUUGAUUCAAGUAGCAGGAAGUUAAAAGCAGUUGAGGUAAAAUGGAGGCAUCUUGGCUUUUCAUUGCCGCUUAUCUGUUACUACGAAAUGUGGUAGCUGGUGUCCAGAGUCUCAACAACUCUACCUUCCAUUGCGAUAUAGACACGCGCUGUAACUGUUUACCAAAAGGAUUAUGGGAUGCUAGAUGCCAGCUUAAUGGUUCUACAGGGCCACCGAAGCCUAUGGUGCUCUUUAAAUCCUUGGAUUUGUCGAAGAACAACCUACAGGACAUACCCACAGAGUUUCUGGUGAAUCAAACUCAUUUAGUGAAUCUGUCGUUGGCUUGCAAUCAGAUAUCUGUGAUCAAAGAUGGCGCUUUUGGAAGUUUACUCAAUGUAACUUUUCUCGAUCUGAGCUUUAACCCGCUUCGCAGAUGGAAAGGUGACGUCAUCAGACAGCUUCCAAACCUGAAGACCUUAGUCGUGACGGGGAGUGUCUGGACACCAAAUAGUAAUAUCUUGAAAAUGCCAUCUCUCAGAACUGUUGAAGGUGUAACGUGGAGCGACAAUUGCGCAAACUGUACAUUGUUCAAGGAAGAACUAUCCUUUUCAUUAGCACCCAACAUGGAUCAUAAUGACGAAAGACCAGCUAGGAAUUUUUUCGAGCAUGGAUAUCUGCUGUUUUGUCCAUCAAAUAGGAGCUGUUCUGCUGUAACGUUCAAACACCCCAAACACGAGAAAAACGUCAAGACUAUCAAUGUUCCAAAGAAACUAUUCUACAGUUCGUAUGUGAUGGGUACUGUUGCUAUACUGCUCAACUUGAUCGUCCUAAUCACUAUUAUUUUUGCAAGAUCUCUUCGCAGAUCAACAUCCAUGUGGCUGAUUUUAAACAUGGCGCUGUGCGACUUGUUAAUUGGGAUUUACUCCGUACUCAUCGGCAAUUUAAACAUUUUCAGUUUCCUCUCCAGCAUUGAGACUGACAAGAAAGACAAAAAGCUUGUUCUUGGUGGUGAAGUCCUCUGUCCGCUUGCCACCGCCAUAUUCACCUCAGCCGAGUGUGUUGCAGCAGUUACUUCUUUCUUAUUGACUGUGGAAAAGUAUUAUUCCAUAGUACAUUGCAUGAAUCCCGACCGACGCUUGAGCAAAAAGGUAGCCGCGAUAUGUUUGGUAUUUUGCUGGAUUCUAUCGCUCGUAUACGCCAUCUCCCCCGAGUUUCACUUUCUCAAUCUCUCUUAUAGCGCAACAAUGAUGUGCAGUUUCCCGGUGGCGGAGCGAGACACAUUUCUCAUCUGCUUGUGCGUUCUCGUGGCACUCUACAUCGCGAAUAUCCCACUAUACUUGCGUAUAUUUCUAUUCGUUCGCCGCUCAGGUGCUCAGUUGGGGAUAAAAAGGGAGGAAGCCAUCCUAAAGAAAAUCGCUCUCGUAGUUGGAAGCAAUUUCAUCUUACUUUUAGCACCAAUGAUUUUGAUUAUUAUCUUUGUACCCGUUGAGGAUAUUCAUAAUAAGAUUACACUGAGGAGUGACCGUCACAAUGAGAUGCUGUUUGUGUUCGGAUUUUGGUUUCCCAUAGCUCUUCUUGGCUUAAAUUCCUGUAUAAAUCCAAUUCUUGGCGCUUUUAGGCAAGGGACGUUCGCGAAACAGAUAACAAGUGGCUUCAGAUGGCUUAGAAUUCUUCCGUCCUUGAAUUCCCUCCGAAGACAUAAAACAAACAGAUCGUUGUCACAGCUGAGCACUGUUACGUCCCAGAUAGUUCUUUGCAAAGUUACUCAGCUCAAAAGUAUGUGAUGUAGAAUAAUAAACUAUGCGCAGUUCUAAAGCCAGACUAUGCUUUUAUGGAAACUGGGAUAGACAGACUUUUCAAAGCAGUUAUUCACUAAUGGCAUGAUAUUUGAAUUCAAGAUUUGUGCCUGCCAAGAUAAUCCAAGUUCCAUCGAACUUAAGAUGCUCUCACACUUUUAGAAUUUUCUCGCAUUGUACUGUAAAGUGAGUGCCUCGCGUACUUUCAGGUUUCUCAUACAUUCCAUUGUUAAGUAAACAACUCGUACACUUAAAGGUUUCUAUUUACCUUUAAGGUUUUCUCCGUAAAUAUCUCGUGCAUUAUUAAGCUUCUCCUUCAUUGGAUUGCUUCGUUAGUAUCUCGCGCAAUUUUAGGAUUUUCUUUCAUUCGAUUGUCACGCAAUCAACUCGCACACUUCAAGGUUUUUCUUUCAUUUGAUUUUUACCUAAAUAUCUCGUGCCUUAUUUCAAAAGGUCCUCUUUCCUUCGAUUGUUACGUGAGUAUCUCGUGCAUCUUUAGGAUUGUCUUUCAUUCGCGGAUCGAUUGUACGUCAGUAUCUCGCACAUAUUUAUGUUUCUCUUUCAUUGGACUAUUACGUUAAUAUCUCGUGCAUUUUCUUUCACUCGAUUGGUAUUCGUUCGUAUUUUGCACAGUUUUAAGAUUCUCUUUUAUUGAAUUUUUACGUUAGUAUCUCGCGCACUUUUAAGCUUAUUUUUAAUUUGAAUGUUACGUUAAUAAUUUUGCACACUUUUAGGCUACUCUUUCCGUCGAUUGUUACGUUAGUAUCUCUUAAUUUUUAGGAUUCUCUUCCAUAAGCUUAAGGUGACCUAUCUAUGUCCGGCUCACUCCUUUCAGCUUCUUCUCACUCACUCACUCACUCACUCACUCACUCACUCACUCACUCACUCACUCACUCACUCACUCACUCACUCACUCGCUUCACGAGACUGUUAUGUCGUGCCUCCAUUUAGUUACUAAGAAAAAAAACUCUCUCUGCUUAGAUGCGCUAUUGUUUCUCACCAAUUAUUAUAAGUAACAUUUUGGUGUAGAGUGCAUUUGCAACAAAAAAAAAGAGUAUAUGCCAGUUAAACAUAUACUUGUAAUUAGAUAAUAUCCAAAUAUUAAAAAUAAAAAUCAAGGCAGUGUGGCCUGUUAACGAGGCCAAAGAAUCUUAUCAACAACGAGACACAGCUUGGUUACUCGGAGCAAACAUACUUUUCGAAGAGAAGGAUAAUUCACUCAUCCACGAACCUCUUUGGAACCUCUUCGGAUCGCAUCCAACCAUCAUUUCCGAGGAUGAAUAACAACAACAACAAUUUUUAUUGAUUUACAAAAAUUACAAUUUGAGAAGUGCCUACCCAAAAUUAGUUGAAAACUAGUCGAGGCGGGUAGGUAUAAUUAAGUUAAGCUUAUCACUAAGUACUUACAAAGAUGUCGAUUUUGCAGCAGUUCAGAUUACACUAAGAAAACAGUAGUUCAAAUUA